AACUUUGGAAAGUCCAUGUUACUAAAAAUAAUCUGACGUAAUUUCGGAAUUUCCAGUAUCUGCUAGUAAUUUUCCUUAAAGAAUUUUGUAAUGAAUCAUUGAAAAAAAGAAGAGAAAAUGGAAGACAGAAGUUUAUCAAAGGAUGAAGAUGUUGAGCCUGAUGGAGGAACCAUUCACUGGCAAACUUUUAAAUUUUCCGACUGUCACACAGCUAUGGAUGAUGACAGACAACUCUCUAGUGAUCUUGAAAGGCAUCUCAACCUUAAUUCUGACACGGGAGGGGAGGUAAUGAUGGCAAGAGGUCCAGAAGGGCCAGUGGUUCCGAAGACAGAAUACAAAGCCCAGGGUUGCAUGUUUGCUGGUCAGUCGGGAGCUGCCCAGGCCGGAGGAUUUGGUCUUGGGGUGCCAUCAGCGUACAACCCUUCCAGCUUCCCAGGAUUAUAUCAACCAUCUUCUAGGGCAUCGCCACUGGCACACCCAGAGAGUCAUAAUGUGACAUGGGGACAGCCUACAAAUCCAGGCUUAUGGAGGCAAGAGGACUCUAUGUCUUCACUGGAUCUUGAGAUGGAUAAAGAACCAUCUAUAACUCCAUUUAAUCAGGUCAGAUCUCCUCCCAGCAUGCAAAACUAUUCGAAAGGUGGAUUCCAAAGUGGCAUCCCUGGUGACACCCCCUUAGGGCUCAAUCAGAAAAAAUACAUGCAUGAAGAUAACCUGAGGCGAUAUGACGGGGAUGCAGGUUAUGACUUAAGCAACCAACAGCACCAGAGGUGGCAGCACAACGUUCACCUGCAACAGUCGGCACCUUCACCAGUUACCACGGCAACACCUGUUGAACACGAUGCCAUGGUUGUUGAAGAGACAUAUACAUUCGAACUUGAUGAGUUUGGAGAAGGGCCUUUACAUACACUGUCAGCCGUCACAGACAAAACAACACUAGCCAAGUCUAUUGAAUUACUUCAAAAGUGUGAUGUUGUGAAACAGUGUAUAAAUCUACAAAACAAGCUCAAGCAG